CCUUGAUACAUAUCCUGUUAACUCCUACAUUACGUGUUCAAUCAUCUCUCCUUCCUUCCCUGUUCAUCAAUCUUCAAAAUUUCUAUAAAUCAUUUCCUACCUCUCUCAGGAUCCCAACUUUUCAAAAUCGCAUUGCAAUUCAAACCUCGAUUUUCCCUUCUAUCAGAUUCUCACCGUCACUUUAUAAUUUCCUCUUUACGAUAUUUUGAAAUUACGCGGGAAGAGAUUUAUCUUGGUGUUUUCUGCAAAUAUGAUUCAAAGGGCUGCAUGCUUUCGCAGAUUGUUUAAAUCUUCAGCUUUGCCUUCAAAGGUACAUUGCAUUUCAUAUGGUCGGAAAAUUAUUCAUACUUGUAUUCGUAUUGGAAAUUUGGAGCCAAGAUAGGCCUUUUCUAAUAUUGGGACUUGGUCACUUCUCACAUUAUCAGUGAUGAUGAGAUUGCUGAUGUCCAUUGGGACAAUCUUGGAUUCGGCUUAAUGCCAACUGAUUAUAUGUAUGUGACAAAAAGCACUGAAGAUGGGCAUUUCGAACGAGGCCAACUUAAUCGCUAUGAGAAUAUCCAAUUGAGCCCCUCUGCUGGUGUCUUAAAUUAUGGACAAGGGCUGUUUGAAGGAACAAAAGCCUAUAAAAGAGAUAAUGGACGCCUGUUUCUAUUCCGUCCUCAUCUGAAUGCAAUCAGAAUACAGAUUGGAGCUGAAAGAAUGUGUAUGCCCUGUCCUUCCACGGAUCAAUUUGUGGACGCUGUGAAACAAAUUGCUCUAGCUAACAAGCGAUGGGUUCCUCCUCCUGGAAAAGGAUCUCUAUAUAUUAGGCCUCUGCUUUUUGGAAGUGGACCUGUACUCGGAUUGGCUCCAGCACCUGAGUACACUUUCCUUGUUUAUGCUUCCCCUGUGGGAAACUAUUUCAAGGAAGGAACAGCACCAUUGAAGUUGAUUGUCGAGGAAGAUUUUCAUCGUGCCUCACGUGGUGGAGCUGGUGGAGUCAAAAGCAUUACUAACUAUGCCCCUGUUUUACAAGCCAUAAGGAAUGCAAGGGGGAGAGGAUUUUCUGAUGUAUUGUACCUUGAUUCUGUAAAUAAGAGAUACAUUGAAGAGGUCUCUUCCUGUAACAUUUUCCUUGUGAAGGGAAAAGUGAUUUCAACCCCAGUAGCAUUUGGAACCAUUCUUGAAGGAGUGACAAGAAAAAGCAUCAUGGACAUUGCAACUGAUCUUGGAUACCAGGUUGAAGAACGUUUAAUCGAAGCUGAUGAAUUGAUUAGUGCCGAUGAAGUCUUCUGCACAGGCACUGCAGUUGGUGUUGCUCCCGUAGGUAGUAUUACUUAUAAAGGCAAAAGGAUUGAGUAUAAAAUAAGCUCGGAGUUAACAUGUAAGCAACUUUAUUCGAGACUCGUAGGGAUACAAAUAGGCCUAAUCGAGGACAAGAGGGAUUGGAUUGUUGAAAUCGAAUGAUUACUUUUUUUUUUCUCUUUAUUUCUUUUUAUCUCUUCGCAAAGAAUAUAGAUAUGUAAAAUAAUAAUUGGCAAUGUACAAAUCAUUUGUGAACUAUAAUACUGGAAGUUAUCAUAGUACUAAGUAAAAUUA